GAUUGGCGUUUAUUUGACCAAUUGUCAAAGUCAUAUUCAGAAUAGUUUUAUUUACUGGAGAAAGAGGGUGUUUUGUGGAGGUUGAAAUUAACAUGAAGAGGAAACGGUGGUAGUGUCAAUAUUUUUAUUUAUUUUUGGAGGUGUUGGUUUAAUGGUAGUCGAGUCCAUGUGUAUUGCCCGAUGGAAAAGCAGCUCCUUUUCGGGAGGGUUGGGUUUUCCCUACUGAUUUUGCUGCUUUUUAGGACACUUACGGCGCGUCUUGUGUUUUCUGCAGAGUACGAGGAUGCAGAUAGGCACGAGAGAACUUUGGAAGUAGCGGGAACAGGGAGUGGGGCGUUUGGUAACGACGUGAUCGUGGAGGAUGAUGAAACCACAGGUGCUGCUGCAGAGGAGGAUGUGACAGCUGAAGGAACCGACGAGGAUAUGAAACCAAGGGCUUUGGUUAUUAUCAGUACUCUCGAUGGAAGGAUUGCUGCUUUGGACCCAGAUAAUCAUGGGAGAAAGAAGUGGGAUAUGGACAUUGAUUCUGGUUCUUUGGUGUCAUCUAGUCUCAGCAAGCCUGAAGCAUUUGGAAACAAAAUGAUAAUCCCUUCUUUGGAUGGAGACCUUUUCCAGUGGGAUCGGGAUCGAGAAAGCAUGGAAGCAGUCCCUUUUACAGUGGAGUCCCUGUUGGAAUCCUCCUACAAAUUUGGAGAAGACCUAGUGCUUGUUGGAGGAAAGUCACUUACGACAUAUGGACUGAAUGCUUUUAGUGGGAAGCUGCGAUAUGUUUGCUCAGCGGUUGGCUGCAGGAGGUGGAAUAAUGAUGACAGUGAUGAGAUGCAGGAGGAUGUUCUACUUUUGCAGCGAACUCAGAAGACUGUACGAGCUGUAGGACCACGCACUGGCAAUGAAAAGUGGAAUUUCAGUGUUGGCCACUAUGAGCUGCGGUACAUCCCUGAUGUCAAACCUGGGGUAGAGUUUAUUGAAGCCGAUUCCAAAUUUGGCAAGGAAGCUGUGAAGUCCCAGAUUAUUUUAGAAGCAGAUGAACAGGAAGCUGCCACAAGCAAUAUGGUGAUCAAGGUCUCAGUAGCUGACUGGAAAGUUAUGGCUUUUAAUAAAUUGGGAGGCCAGCUUGAGUGGGAACACCAGUUUUGCACUCCUAUUGCUUCUGCAUGGUUGCUUAAUGAGGGAAAAGUCAUUCCUAUUAGCCUUUUCGAUGACACUAGUUACACUGCCAAUGGUGAUGAAAACCUUGAAGAUGAAGAAGACAUAAUUGAGGCCGCUCGAGGGGCUACAGAAUCCAGUGUUUACUUAGGAAUGUACCAAGGCCAGUUGUAUCUACAGACAUCUGUCCGGAUAUCUCAGAAAUUUCCAACAAAUCCAAAUGCCCUGGAUAGCAGGAAUAAUGAUGCUCUGAUUACCGUACCCAAAAUUAAAUGGAAGCCCCUGAUCCACUCUGCAUCCAGGACUCCAGUGCUUGUAGGCUCUGAUGAAUUUGAUAAAUGCCUCAGCAAUGAUAAGUUUUCACAUGAAGAAUACAGUAACGGAGCACUUUCUGUCUUGCAAUAUCCAUAUGACAAUGGAUAUUGCCUGCCUUAUUACAGAAAGGAUGUGAGUAAACGUAGCUCGCAGAUUACAGUCAGACUUGUUGAUGAUCCAGGAUAUAGGAAUAUACGGAGGAAGGACCCAGUUCUGUUGCUGCCAUGGUGGAAAGAAAUAAUUGGUACCAUCGUAUUGUGCAUUACUACAACAACUUACAUUGUCAGGAAGCUCUGCCAUCCUGGAACACAGAAUGCUAGACUGCGGAAGGAGUCUGAGACACAAUGCCAGACUGAUAACAAGUGUGGCAUUGUUGAUGUAGAAGACAGAGAAUAUUGCUCUGAUGAUUUCAGAGUGCCUGGAUAUGUCUCAAGGUAUCUUACAGACUUUGACCCUGUUCAGUGCCUGGGACGUGGAGGGUUUGGGGUCGUAUUUGAAGCCAGAAACAAAGUGGAUGACUGUAAUUAUGCUAUCAAAAGGAUCCGUCUGCCAAACAAGGACCUGGCUCGAGAAAAGGUAAUGCGAGAAGUAAAGGCAUUAGCUAAACUGGAGCACCAUGGAAUUGUUCGAUAUUUCAAUGCCUGGCUUGAAGCACCUCCUGAAGGUUGGCAAGAGAGAAUGGAUAAACAGUGGCUAAAGGAUGAAUGCACGGAAUGGGCUCAAAGCUCACCAGAUCCACGCGAAGUAUUGUCAGUGAAAGUUACUACGCGAGAACUUUUCCCAGCUCGGGAUAACAUGGAAUGUAGCACCCCUUCAUUUACAGAAAAGGCCAAACCCAUAUUUGCUCUGACAGCAGGUCAGCCAGAGCAUAGAAAUGGUAAUUUUUCUCUUCCAGACUUUUCUACAACUGAAAAUAAAGAACGCAGCCAUUCAGCAGAUUAUAUCCUAAAUGGACAAGACAGUUUCCUGACUGACUGUGACAUUGAAGAUGAAGCUGAUGAUGAUAAUUUGAUUAAUUCCUAUGAAGUUUGUUCUCCACAUGUUAUAAAUGUAAAGCCUGAAGUUACCUCUUCCUCUAUAGUUUUUGAAGACUCUGGUUGUGACAACCUUUCUGAUAAUGAUCUGAAUAAAGUGGACAUUAAUCCAAAUAUAGAUUGUGAGCACACAAAAAUAAUUUUGAACGGGUCAAGUGAAAGUGGUGGACUGCAGUUGAACAGCCCCUUGUCCUCCUCCCCUCCAAGACCCACAUCCUUAAGUUUGGAUCUGUAUAAAGGGACCUGUGAAAAGACUAAGGGCAGCUCACCAAAAGUUUAUUUGUACAUCCAGAUGCAGCUCUGCAGGAAAGAGACUCUCAAAGACUGGAUGAGCAAAAGGUCCCGGACAGAGGACAGGGAAAGGACAGAGUGUCUUCAGAUAUUCUUACAGAUAGCUGAUGCAGUGCAGUUCCUUCAUAGCAAGGGACUGAUGCACCGAGACCUUAAGCCCUCAAAUAUAUUUUUCAAUAUGGACAAUGUGAUAAAAGUAGGAGACUUUGGUCUUGUGACUGCAAUGGACCAAGAGGAGGACGAAGAUGCUGUCUUGACACCAAUGCCAGUUUAUGCUGCACACACUGGACAAGUAGGGACCAAACUUUAUAUGAGCCCAGAGCAGCUGUCCGGAAACACAUAUUCACAUAAGGUGGAUAUUUUCUCUUUGGGACUGAUCCUGUUUGAACUGCUGUAUCCAUUCAGCACUCAGAUGGAGAGAGUUAGAGUAAGUUUCAGAUGUAGUAGACUUUUCAUUUGCAAUGCUGUGAAUUAUACAUCGGUGUGA